AUGCCGCCGGCAGGUCCGAUGAUGCCGAUGAGCAACGGGGAUGCCCAUGGUCCAAGCUCAUCCGCUCAUCCUCAUGUCAUGAGGGACCAUCCUCCCGCCAUGCCUCCGCCACCAACCAACCUCACUUCCAGCUCUGCGAGGGCCAAGGACAGGCUAGACCACUUGUCGGCGGGAUUGACAUCAGCAAAUGAGAAUACUUGGCUCCUCAUGGCUCGUCGACAUAUAGCUGACUUGGUAGGCGCCGUUGCCGAGCACGUCCGUGACUUCGACCGAGCCAUGACCGCUUUCGAACAUGCGCUUCGUCACAAUCCCAACUCCAUCAUCGCCCUCACCAGCGCCGCAGAGAUCGCUAGGAACAGAGAUCAGUACGACAAGGCUAUCGAGUACUUCCAGCGCGUUUUGAACAUCAAGCAGGACAACGGGGAGGUGUGGGGAAGCAUGGGGCACUGCUUGCUGCUGAAAGAUGAUCUGCCUAAAGCCUACACUGCCUACCAGCAAGCACUAUACCAUUUGCAAAACCCGAAGGAACCGAAGCUCUGGUACGGUAUCGGCAUCCUGUAUGACCGUUACGGCUCGUUCGAGCAUGCGGAAGAGGCGUUCUCAAGUGUGCUGAAGAUGGAUCCGAAAUUCGACAAGGCGAAUGAGAUCUACUUUAGGUUGGGUAUCAUCUACAAGCACCAGAGGAAGUACUCUGCCAGUCUGGAGUGCUUCCGCUACAUCCUGGACAACCCGCCGCGCCCGCUUACACAUUUCGACAUUUGGUUCCAGCUCGGACAUGUCUACGAGCAGGAUCGAGACUUCGACAAUGCCAAAGAUGCCUACAUGCGGGUGCUCACGCAUCAGCCAGAUCACGCCAAGGUGUUGCAGCAGCUUGGCUGGCUUUACCACCAGCCUGGAGCGACCUUUGCGGAUCAGGAGGCGGCUGUAGGGUACUUGACGAGGAGUCUGGAGACAGAUGGGACCGACGCUCAGAGCUGGUACCUCCUCGGUCGAGCCUUCAUGGCCGGACAGCGAUACAACAAGGCCUACGAGGCAUAUCAACAAGCUGUCUACCGGGAUGGUCGCAAUCCGACCUUCUGGUGCAGCAUCGGUGUCCUCUAUUACCAGAUCAACCAGUACCGCGACGCCCUCGACGCCUACUCUCGCGCGAUCCGGCUCAACCCCUUCAUCCCGGAAGUUUGGUACAACCUCGGGUCUUUGUACGAAUCGUGCAACAAUCAAGUCUCGGACGCUAUCGACGCGUACUCGCGCGCUUCCGAGCUGGACGGUACCAAUCAGGUCAUCAAGAACCGUCUUGCCUUGCUUCAGGGUCAGGGUUCAAAGAGUGCCCCUCUCCCGCCGGCCCCUGGACCGGUCGACGUCCAUCCCAGCCAGUACGCCGCCACCCCAACGGGCGCACCGGGAAUGAGCUCUCCUCGCGGCGAUCCCACUGCGCUCGUCGGCGACGGUCGCCCGGCCGAAAGGCCGCCCACUGCCCCUCGGGGAGAGCCCGCUCCGGUCGCGAAUGGAGCUGGACCGCACGGCAGUCCCGGUCCCUUCCAUGGCGUUCCGCCACCGCUCAACCAGGUGGACGAGACCCGCGGGAGCAUGUCGCGUCAUGCUCCCCUCGCGCCUAUCGAGAUGGACCGACCGGAGCUGGCUCCCAUGAACGACAGGGAACGAUCUGGCGCUCCGCCGAUCACGCUCGCCCCGAAUGGUCGGGCCGAUGAGCGCGGCUUGGACCGGCGCGGACAGCCAUCGCCGGCUGGGACUCGCCGUCAACCAGAAGCAGGGCGAGAAUACGGAUACCCACCACAUCCACCUCCGCCCGGCGGGGCGCAUAUGCGCGAGCGGGAGCCGCAGAGCAGGGAAGAGUGGGAAGCUAGGGAACGGCGGAACGGAGCCCAUCCGCCAGGCGGACCGCAGUAUCCUAGCCAGCCCAUGAUGGGCUCUCGCGGACCCAGCCCCAGGAUACCGGAUCGAAGUGGUCUCCAGCAACCCGGUGGACUCAGGCGUCAGCCCUCACCACGAGUACCCUCAGACCCGCGCGAAUACGGUCGUGACCCAAACUACCCGUAUCCUCCGCCGCAUCCGGACGAUCGCAGACGAUACGAGGAGCUCUCGAUGAUGGGCGGAAAUCGACACCCGUCCAUGCCGCGCGACGCACGGCUGGAGGAGGCGCGUAUCUCCAGUCCAGCACCGAGCAAUUCGAGCCGUGCAGGCAAGCGAACGAGGGACAGCGCAGGGCCAGGACCGGUCAAGCGGGCAAAGGACGAUAAAGGUGGAGCGGCGGUACCGUCUAAGCGAAACUCGCAGAACGGGGAGAAGAAGAAGGAGUCGAAGAAGACAGCGGCGGCCAAGUCGCCCGCGGAGAGUGUGAAGACUGCACCGCCGGCUGGACGAGUGGUCGAUGAGGAAUACGACGAGGGCGUAGAUGCGCUCAUGGCGCUCCAUGGCGACCGACCCUCCAAUCACGGCAGCGCUCGCGAGUCCAGCGUCGGCAGUACAGCAGCACCAGCCACCGGAACCAAGCGGGACGAUCCCACCUCCCCUCGCUCUCCCAGCACCGUCACUGCCAAACGACCAAAGCCUAUCACGACCAACUCGACGACUUCAGUCACGAGUCAGCAGCCUGGCCCAAAGAAGACUGUCUUCUACGAGGUGCUGAACGCGGAGAGCGUGCGGAGUCCC